AUGCGCACACCGGUUGGGAAUGGCUGAAGACGAUAUCGAGAAUCGUGUGUGUGUUGUGGAUUGCUGCACGGGCAGCGAUGGUUCUACUGCCGCUAGAUUACUUUCAGAGUUGACAGGCACUUCAUGUUCACCGGAGAACAUUGUUGGUCACGUGAAAUGGGCCAUCAGCAACAGAUACUAUGAGGCUGAGGUGUGUCUGGAGGUCAAAAGUGAUUUGGACGAAGAUAAAGGGGCGUGGCAGGCUCUGAUCGCAAUCUGCAAUCUAAAUCAGCCAUCUUCAGUAAAGAAGGCCUACUUGGUAUGGGAGGAGCUUCCCACUGAAGCCACGCCCCCUGUGAGCCUUCUGGUGGGCGUGGUGGAUGGGUGUGGUCUGCGAGAGGGUGUGAGGGGUGAGGUGGUGCAAUGGUGUCUAAAGAGAGGAGUGGAACUUGUGGAAUGGGAGCUUGAUCCACCAAAAAAUGAAGAAGAUGGUGAGGAAGAUUUUCCUGAGUCAGUGGGUGUGGCUAGAGUAUCAGAGGCUCUGCAGGCACACAUGUGGCCUGAAAUGAGUCUCAAGAAACAUGGGAGGAGGGGAGGUGAUGAGAAUUCUGGUACUGCUGGCGCUAUGUGCAAUGGAGGAAAUGACGAAACUGAGAGGACUUGUGGCUCAACUGAUGUCUCUUCCACCGCUGUCAAAGACCUUACAACAGUUGAAGAGACUAGGCAAAGCCCCGAUGGUAAAGACACGGAGAUGUCAGUCUGUUCUGGAUCAUCAUCGGCGACUGGUGGCUCACUGAAGUCACCACCAACUGAUGAGUCGUCUUCGUCGAGGCUGAAUGAACUACUUGGUUCUAGCGGUAUGGAGACACUGGAAAGAGGAGGGGAGAAGGGGGUGGAGGAUUUCGAAGCUCUGUUUGCAAAGUUUGCCGAUAUGAAAACCCAUGCGCAAAGUCUGCCACAUGAGGAGAGGAAAGCUUAUGCAGAGAAGGUGGUGAUGUCAUUCUGGAAUGCAAUAGGAGGUGACGAGGAAGAAUUCUGCAGUGGGAGUGACUCUGAACAGUAGUAAAAAUAUCACGAAACUUGAAUACACAAAAAGAUAUUUAUAGACACAGCUCUUUGUCAAUGAAAUAAGCAGUAUCUGAUGACAGUGAUGGCGAUGAGUCCAGCGGUCAGCAGUAGAGGGGGGUGAUGGAGGAGGGAGGGAGAGCUGGAGGCUGUGGAGGGAGUGGAGUGCUCGUUGAAAUGAGAACCUCCUGGGACCAGACAAUAGUAGAUAUUACACUACGGUGGAUCCUUCAAAGUGGCCAAACAUAGCAGAUACAGUGUGGUGAAGACUACAGGUUGGAUCCUCCAAAAAAGGGCAUAUAAAUCAAACAGCUAAGUAUUAUAUACCUGAAUGUCUGUUAUAAAAUUAUCCGUACUUUACAUUUUAGUACUGCAGCAUAAGGUCAGGUGUGGAGCAUACCUUGAGAGUCCAACUCUAGUUGAAACUCGAUCGGGAAAUGGUCACUGACAUUCUUAGCCUGAAAAAAAGAGACAUUUCUUCAAUCGGAGAACGAAG